GAUGGCGGAGGUGAGAAAAACCCACGACAUCAUAGUAAUACAUAUUGACGAUUGACUGAGACAAAUCAAGAGCAAGAGUUUACCAGACUAGCAGUAGAUAGAUGCUGAGACAUGAAAGACGACGAGUGUGUAAAUUUAUAUUUCUAUGCACAAUCUUACUCACCUAUAAAGCAAGUGCAAUGACAGACCAAAUGUCCAGUCUGGCGCUCCCAGAGCAUCAGUCCAGUUAUAGAUUCCGCAGUCAUCUUGCUAGAACAGUUUACCAGCGCAUGCUCGAGGACAGGCAGCACAGAGACAACGACCACAGCUCGUGGUAUCAGUUUAACCAGCAGAGGCUGAGCAAGGAGAUGUGUGACAUGUUCUUACAGACACACCAGGACCCAGAAACAUGUCAGUUCCUAGAGAACUGCUUCAACAAGGCAGACUCCAUCUUUACACAGCUGGCUCACACUCUGGCCAAGUCAGUGCUUACAUGGUUUAUGACUCAGACUGAUGCUAAUGGGUUACUGAGGAGAGGGUCCAUGUUUGUAUUUUCCAAGCAACAGUUUCAAGAUCUUCUGGAUAUUGAUGAAAGCUGGAAAGCAGCCACACUCCUGGAUCUAGGUGCUGGAGAUGGUAAAGUAACAGAGAAAAUGCAGAAUCAUUUUGAACAGGUGUAUGCCACUGAAGCGUCUUCCCCCAUGAGACAGAGACUCACUGAGCUGGGCUAUACCCUACUGGAUAUAGAUGAGUGGCACAAUAACAGUGUCCAGUAUGAUGUCAUAAGCUGCCUUAACCUACUGGAUCGCUGUGAUCGUCCAAUGACACUGCUCCGAGAUAUACACAAAGUACUAAAACCAGGCACGGGGCGCCUUAUUGUGGCAACAGUGUUCCCUUUUAGUCCUUAUGUUGAGUACAAUCAAGAUCACAUUCCUGCAGAAUACCUCUACAUCCAGGGGAAAACCUUCGAGGACCAAGUCACCAGUUUUGUAGAAGACAUCUUUAAACCAGUAGGAUUCAAGUUACUGAAGUUUACCAGGCUUCCAUAUCUGUGUGAGGGCGAUCUGAACUCUUCCUUCUAUGUACUGGAUGAUGCUGUGUUUGUAUUGGAACGUUUAUGAUAAUACCAGACUGCUGGUUUUACCCUGUGUUUCAAUACCUAAUGUAACCCUGUAUUAUCAUUUUCAUAUCAUCUUCACAUGUGCAUAAUGCUCACGUUAGCAGGGAUAUGUGGGAACUUUUCAGUGAAGAAGCUGACUGGCAUCAUUCUUAAACACAGGUUAGCUGGUGGACAAAUUUUUGGAAAUUUUGUUUAGAAAGUUCAGGAGGCUGCCACAUCUGUGAAAGAUGAACCUUAUUCCUAUCUCUUCUUUGUGUUCAUUAAUGGUCAUGCAUUUGUUCAGACAUUUUUGUGUCACUGUAUUCUGUAACAGUUCGAAAUUAUAAUGUCAGUCAAUGAUGGUCACUUAAAAAGCCUGAAAUUAAGUACUAGUUCUAACAGUUCUUUUGAAAUGUGCCAGAUAAAUUUUGAUUGGUAUGUUGGAGCUUGUGAAAGGAGUAAAACCAGUAGGGUAAUUAUGUUAAGACCAAUCAAUCUGGUGGGAUCCAUAAACUGUACUGCUCAUAGUAAAAAUUCAUGAGAAUUGAAGCAAGGUAUGGAAGGUUUAUUCUGUUACUGAUUUACCUUGUGAUUUACAGUAAUUCGUGAUCCAUAUUUGAAAAAAAGGGUAAGAAAAUCAUGAAUGCACAUUUACAUGUUUGGAUAAUGGCAGUCUGCAGUCUUGAACUUGGCCUCUUGACAAAUGCCUGACUGAGUAUAACAGAAGUGUUGUCAGUGAAACUUUGUAAAUUUGUACAAUUCCUUGCCACUUUUUAUUAUUCACUUUCGGGAAUGAUACGGUCAUUUAAUGAAAAAGUAAAAAAAUAUGCCAUGCGUCCAGGGGGCUGCCUAGGCCAAUGAUAUUUUUGGUUUUCAAAAAGAUGGAAAUACUCUGAUAGAAAAAUCUCAUCCUUGCAUUUUCUUUGAUGUUUUGGGGCAAUACAUUCUUGGCCCAUGGCAGCUCAAAAGUCCAGUUAGCUGAAAAUUUUUAGGACAUAUUUAUAUAGUUUGUUAUUUAAUUUAUGUAUCCUUUUGCAAAAGAUGUAUUAUUUCAGUAUUUUCCAGAAUGGUAAAGUUGAAAAAGUGCAAUAAAGGCUGUGGCUAGUUGGUUGUCAGAGUAAAUGAACAGUAUAUGUAAAUGAUCCGUUUUAUAUUUUAUUAGGCAUGUAUAUUAUAACCCUUUGCUUAGUAAUCAUGUAUCUGCCAAAAGUAUUCAUAAGUAAUUUCAGAUGACCGAUUCCAGUUUUGUUGAAAAUUUGUAUUUCUAGUGCAACUGCUUUGUUCAACAUUCAUAUUGUAAAGGACUUUAAGGGGUUUUUUUAAUCAAGUCAAUUUUUUCUUUAAUACUGGUUUUUAUUUUAUUUUUAAAUUAUGCAUUUUGCAAUCAUAGCAUAUUAAUUGCAUAUUUUAAAUAGAACUAGAUACAGUUUGGUUUGAACUGGUAAUCUCCAAAGUUUUAUGCUAGUGUUUCAGACCUCAGCAGUUUAUAUUUAUUUUGGAUGAUAAGUGAGUACUUUAUUUCAAUUGUCUCAUUAAGUAACAUGUUUUUGUAAGACUAUCAAAGGAAAUGGAAAUCCCCCAUGAGAUACCCUGAAAUGUGACUUUAAAUUUGUGUACUGCUUGAGUGAAGCUUUUAAAAAACAAGGGUUAAUCUCUUAAGCACCAGGAAUGUAGUCUAAGAAAAUAAUGCUAAAGUAACACACAAACAUGGUGAAUACACAAAGUUUAUGCAAAAGGCUGUAACAUCACUGUAAUAGAUUUUCCCCUCAUUCUUAAAAGAAGAAACAACUAGAAAAAUA